AUGGCUUCGAGCUCUGACAUCAUAACGCUUGACAAUUUUGAGCAGCUGCUGCCAAGAUGGGACCCCGCAGGCUCCAAUCACCUAUAUGCGCUCGUUGAUAUGGGCAGCAACGGCAUCCGAUUCUCCAUCUCGGACCUCACUCCGCCCCAGACCCGUCUCCUCCGGCCCAUCUACCGCGAGCGCGCCGGCAUCUCCCUCUUCGAUGCCCUCAACUCCUCCCCCAACGCCGGCUCCGAGCCCAUGACGUUCCCCGCCGAGACCAUCGCCCUGGUCGCCCGCACCCUCGCCCGCUUCCGCCGCAUCGCCGUCGCCUACGGCGUCCCGCCCGCCCACUUCUCCGUCCUCGCCACCGAGGCCAUGCGCCGCGCCGCCAACGCCCGCGAGAUGCUGACCGCCAUCCGCGAGGCCGCCGACAUUGGCGUCCACGUCCUGGCCCCCGAGGUCGAGACCCUGUUCGGCGCCGUCAUGGGCUCGCGCUCCGCCUUUGUCGACAUCUCGCGCGGCGGCCUGUUCCUCGACCUCGGCGGCGGCUCCGUGCAGAUGACGUGGGUCGACACGCGCCUGCCGGACUACGAGAUCGCCGCCGCGCUGGCGGGCGAGAGCAUGCCCUUUGGCGCGGCGCGGCUGAUCCGCGUCCUCGAGGGGCAGCCGGAGGAGGUGCGCGCGCAGGAGAAGCAGAAGCUCAACGCGAGCAUGCAGAGCGCCUUUGCGAAGCUGUGCGACAAGUUCCCCGCGCUCGCGCAGGCCAAGGCGGAACACGCGGCCGCGGCGACGACCAACGGCACCGGCACCAGCACCGGCCCCGUCGCGGGCGGCAUCGACGCGUACCUCUGCGGCGGCGGGUUCCGGGGCUACGGGUGCAUGCUGCAGCACAACGACCCGAUCCAGCCGUACCCUCUGCCCUCGGUCGGCACCUACACCGUGACGGGCGACUUCUUCAAGCAGACGGACAAGAUGCGGCGCGUCAACCGCGAGCACGAGGGCAAGAUCUACGGCAUGUCGAAGCGGCGGCGGCAGCAGUUCCCGGCCAUCAUCGAGGUCGUCGAGGCCUUUAUCCGCACGGUGCCGCACCUGCGCACCGUCACCUUUUGCGGCGGCUCGAACCGCGACGGCGCGCUGCUGAUGAAGCUGCCCAAGAGCGUGCGCGAGAGCAACCCGCUCGAGGCGCUCGCCGGGUUCCCGAUCCAGGGCCACGAGGACGCCGGCGGCGCCGGCGGCGGCAAGGGGGACAUGGCGGUCGCGCAGGCGGUGCUGCGGAUGCUGUACGGCGCCGUGCCCGUCAACGUCGACAUCUCGCGGACGCCGACCGUCUUCUCGCUGGGGCUCGGGCCGCUGUUUGCGCGCCAGGUCUGGAUCCACCAGGGCGAGGACGACGACGCCAACGCGUCGUACGCGCUGCACGAGGCCGUCACGCGGGACCCCAGCGCGCCGGGGUUGACGCACCUGGCACGGGCGGUCCUGGGGCUGACGACGUGCGCGCGGUGGGGGUCGAACCUCGGCCCGAUUGACGCGCAGCUGUACAAGAACCUGAAGGGCCUCGUCGCCGAGGCGAAGCUGGAGAGCGUCUUCUGGGCCGAGUACCUGGGCGCCGUGGCGGCGGUCAUGGUUGAUCUAGUGCCGGCCUGGCCCAAGAGUGUCGAGGAGCUCGAGUCGACCUUGAGGUUCGAGGCCACGCAAACCGUCGACCCCGAGAAGAAGAGGGCGAGCAUCGACCUGACCGUCUACGUGGCGCCCGGCGCCGCGGUGGGCAUCGACCCCGAGGACGUCAAGGGCCGGCUCUCCAACGUCGGGAAGAAGCGCAAGGACGGCACGAAGCCGGACAAGAAGGUUACGGUCAAGAUUCAAGAAAUGAAGUAG